GUGAUGCAAGCGUUAUUAUUCGUCUAACCAAUGAAGGAUCUACAUAUUACGAAAACUUACCAUCAAGCAGUAAAUAUGACUUUAUUAAAGGAAUGAGUAAUGAUAUCGCCACGGCUAUUAAAUGUGAUGCCUCGCGUAUUACAAUACCGAUGCGUUAUCAAUACAGUAAUGAAGAUAAUGGUGAUCAAAUUUUUAUGCGCAUUAAUAUCGCUCAAGGAGAUAAUAGAGGCGCAUUUGGCCUUGCCAGUGAUUUAAAUGAAACAAUCAUGCACAAGGAUAAUCUAACAAUUUCCGCUGGCGCCACCUUUAAUUACAUUGAUCAAUCUAAUGCCAGCUUAUGGGACAAAUACAGAUUUAUCCUGAUCGGUAUUUUUAUUGGAGUUGUGCUAUUAUUACUUUUAUGGCACCUUGCGUGUCGUAGGCACUACAAGGAAUAUUAUACGAGGACUAUGAAAAAGCAAUUUGCAAUACGCAAUUUCUUGGCCAUCUGUGUUUCUGCGCUAAUAGUGGUGGACAUUAUAUUAGACAUUUUAUUUAUUGCUUUUCAUGGAAAGGAUGAAAAAUGGAUUUUACCCGUUAGUCGCGAGCUUAGAGAGAAUCCACGAUAUAAAAAUUGGUGGCUUGUGCAUUACCGCACUGCAUUAGCUUUGUCACUUUUAUCUGGAAUUGAUAAUGAAGCAUUGAACGUGGCAUCUUUGUAUACUGGCAGUUUUGGAUCAUUAAGUGCUCCUUACUCACGAGAAGCAAAUGUGCGGAUUUCAUAUGCUACUACUUUUAUUAUAAUUAUCGAAGACAUAUAUUCCUGGUGA